AUGACCUACAUCGUGGUGGCUGUGGACUACGUCUCUAAAUGGGUCGAGGCAAUCGCCUUGCCCAACAAUGAAGCAAGGAGUGUGGCGGCAUUCUUGAAGAAAAACAUAUUCACGUGGUUUGGUACCCCUAGGGCCAUCCUGAGUGAUGGUGGUUCUCAUUUCUGCAACAAGGCUUUCACUGGGCUGCUUGAAAAGACAGACUGGUCAAGGAAGCUAGAUGAUGCGUUGUGGGCAUAUUGCACAAAAUUUAAGACUCCCAUUGGCACUUCACCAUACCGGUUGGUUUUUGGCAAAGCGUGUAACCUGCCAGUAGAGAUUGAACACAAAGCCAUGUGGGCAUUGAAGAAGUUGAAUCUUGACUGGACCGAGUCUGUUAACCUGAGAAUGACACAACUCAAUGAGAUGGAAGAAUUCCGUCUCCAUUCCUAUGAGAGUGCAGCCAUGUACAAGGAGAGAAUGAAGUUUGUCCAUGAUAAGAAGCUCUUGAAGCGGGAAUUCAAUUCUGGUGACUUGAUCUUACUCUUCAAUUCAAGACUCAAGUUAUUUCUGGGAAAACUCAAGUCCAAAUGGCCUGGCCCGUUCAAAGUUGUGAGCGUGUCCCGCUAUGGUGCUAUUGAACUGGAUUCGGAGGAUGGAACUCGAACUUUCAAGGUUAAUGGUCAAUGA